AUGUGGCCCCACCGCCACCAACGACAUCUGCUAACGGCGGCAGCCACGCUCUGCUGUCUCGUGGGCAUCAUCGUCCAGCCAGUCCUCUCGGAUGAGCCCCCCAUCCCCACAUCCUCAUCAACACCCCCAUCCUCAGCAACAGCCGCAGCCGAUCUCCCCCAGAAUUUCACGGCGGAGGCAGCGGGCACUGAAGCCCUGAGUGACAGCAGCGGCAAGGAGCUUAAUAAGCAGCCAGCCGGACAACUCAUCCGCGAGGUCAUCGAAGGUCCAAACUUGGCCGACAAAGUGCAGGAGGAUCUGGAUGUAAAUCUGGAGAGGGAACUGAAACGGGAACGGGUUGUCCCGACUAUAGAACUGGAAACUGAAACGGAGUUCGUGGGUGUUCCAGGCUUUCUGCCCACUGUUCUGCCUCCCAAAGAUUCGGACAGUCCCACCAAUGGACAUGGCUACAUCCAGUUUGAUAUCAACGAUGAGCUGCCCGUGGAAGUGGCACGUCGACAAAGACCCAUUGAGCAAACAGUCACCCGCUCGCGAACGGAAACCGUCAACGAGGUGCUGUCCAAUCUAUUCCCCAAGGGAUUCUCGGACAUUUUCCGAUUUAGUGGCAACACAGAGUCGUCCACCACCACAUCCACGACCACGAAUAAGGCGGUGGUGCGCCCCACAGUGGUGGAUGUGAUCAGCACCACGGAGGCGGCCAGCACUGAAAAGCAAACGGAGCCACCAGCCCCGAAUGCCACCUACUACAGUUACCAGACCACCGUGACGAAGGAAUACCGCCGGGAAUUGGGACCAGGACACACGGAGAUCGUGGUGGAGCAGAUUAGGGAUCCGGGCUUCCGAGACGGCAGUAACCACAUUUCCCGAGAUGAGCUGCUCAGGAUCAAUCGAGCUGCAGUGGCGGCUCCAGUGCUGCCCAGUGUGCUACUCCAACCGGAGGGCGACGACAACGAGACUCUGGUGGCGGCAGAAAGUUCUCCAAUUGUCAUCUUGGGCGAACACGAUGCGGAACUGGAAGAGGGACAGGAGAUCAAUGAUAACCAGAUAGCGGAGACUCGCCACGUGGGCAGGGAGGCCUACCAGCAGCGAGUGCCAGCUCCAACGUUCAAUGCCAUCGAGAGCUACGCCAACCAAAAGGGUCCCGGCCAGGAUCAGGAGAUCAAUGUGCACAUUGUGCACGACGGACCACUGGGCAAACCUCAGCAGGCAGAGGCAAAGGCACACAAGGAGCCCCAGUCGCAGGCUCCGCAGCAGGCCUUGGAUCACUUCCAGGCGCACAGUGAGCAGAGGUUCCAGCAGCACCAUCCAAGUCAAGAGGCACCCUCACGGCAAUUCCUCAAGAGCUUCAAUCCCAUUGUCUCGGGCAGUGGUGACGGGCCCCUUCCGAAGGGCAGUUUCCACUACGAGGUGCAGAAUCCUCCGCAGCGACCGAGUCCACGGACGCCGACGGAAGGAGACUACGCCGGCCAAUUUGUGAAGCCUGCUGCCCAGUUGACCUACCAACAGGAGCUCAGCCAGGUGAUUCCACAAGAGCAGGGGCAACCACAGCCGCAGCAGCAGUCGGAGUUGCUGCACACCAAGGCCAUAUCCUCGCCCUCGCCGGAAGUCCACCAAUAUUCUGGCUAUGCAGGUCCAACGCCCGUUCCCGCCACCCCAAAUAGUCUGGUGUUUGUGACCUUGAACACUCCCAGUCCACCCCAUGCCUCGCCGGCCCCAUCCAUUGCACAUGCGCCACUAGAGCCAGGAGUCCAGAUCACGGUGAAUCACCCCUCUCCCCAUAACUACGUGGCGGAGGCUCAUGCCGAACCCUCGCAGCACAAUAUCCAACAUGCUCCGGCCCCGGCUCCAGCUCCAGUUCCAAAGAAGUCCAGUCCAUACACCUUUGUGGAGGUUCAGAAGUCCGUCAACAUCCACAACAAGCUGAUCACGGAGAAGGAUGGAAGACUGGUGGAACAGCACGAGACCAUUUACCCCCAGCCAUAUCUGCAGAAUCACCUGUCCCAGGCACCUGAUCCGUCCAAGAGUUAUGCAUCUCUGGCCAAAAAUCCCAUUCACGUGGAGUACGACAGUUCGCCCCAGGAGGUGGCCAUCUCACACGCCUCCAUCCACUUGGAUGCAGAUCAUGCCGGAAAGGCAGCUCCAGGACCUAAUGAACAAACUGUUCACCCAGGUCCAGUUUAUACUCAACCAGAGCAACACCAGAUUCAUCAAGAUCAUCACAUAGUCCAUCAUGAGCAUCAGCUAGAGCAUGAGCCUUCCUUGCAUCAAGAUCACCUGGAGCAUCAUGAUCACUCCCACCUGCAACCAUAUCACGUGGAGAAACAUGAAGACCACGAUCAUCAGGUGGUGGAGAAGCACAUACCCAUUCCCUAUGCCGUUCCACAACCUGUGCCCGUGCCUGUCCACGUGGAGCACUACGUGGAUCGACCCUAUCCAGUGGAGACCAUUGUCGAGCAUCCCGUUCCAUAUCCCGUGGAGCGGGUGGUGGAGAAGAUCGUCGAGAAGCAUGUGCCCGUGGAGGUGGAGCGCAUUGUGGAGAAGCCAGUGCAUGUGGAGAAGAUUGUGGAGAAGUUCGUAGACCGCCCGAUGGCAAUUCCGAUCCACGUGCCCGUGGCCAUUCACAUGCCCAUGCCGCCGGGCCACUCCUCCCUGUCAUUUCCCCACUACACCCAUCCCAAUUCCCUGACGCCCUGGUCCCACUCUGUUGCCCACAUUCCACCGAAGGUGCUGCAGAACUACUACACCCGCAUGCUAAAGAAGUUGCUGCCACAGCUCACCGCCAAAAGCCCCAUUCCCCAAUCCCCCAAAGCGGUCAAGUUGAGCAAGCCGGUGGCGGCCGUCAAGCAGCCGGUGAAACCCGUGAGGGGAGAGGCGCCCAAGGUCGCCACCUUCAGCUUGUCUGACAUGAAAUUCGACCUACGACCCCCACCGCCACCGCAGGGCUCGCCUUGGUUGCAGGGAUCCCGCUACAUCUACAAUACCCUGCCCGUCGAUUUGGCCACCGCCGCGGCCUCGGCUCCCGCCCAAAUGGUUAAGUCCUACAUUGGCCCCGUUCCAGCGACGACAUCUGGCAGCUCCGUCGUGGGAGAUUCCCCGCUGACCAGCGAGUUCGAUGAGUUCCAGCGAUGGCGCAACGGGCACUCCCUGAAACGCAGUCCCGACUUCGGGCGCAAUCUUCAGCUGGAGUACGGAUUCAAGCCCCCUUUGGUGCCGUCCAUGGAGAUCGACGACAAGGGGAAUCCCCUCAAGCAGGCCGAGCCAUCGGAGUCGCAGUGA